CUGCUGAAACAUGGAGACUACACUCGACCUUUUCGCGGUUUGUUAUUUCUCCUUCUCUCUCUCUCUCUCUCUCAAAUCCAGCAACUGAAAGGUGGGGGAACUUAUCAAUGGAAUUCCCAUAUUUGCCCUAGAAUUUCAGGAGCAUUGCCGUGCACAACGGUAAAUCCAUGUCGUAGAUCGAUCCGGGUACCAGUCGAUUUCCAUGGCGAAACCAGACCACUCGAAGGCCGGUCCAUCGAAGCUACCGCCGUUGGUCCGCCCCUCCGCCAAGAUCCACCCGGCGAACGAUCCCGAAUCCGACCCCAAUUCGUACUCGCUCGAGAAGUUCAGACUCUACGAGACCAAAGCUAGGUUUUACCUUAUUGGGAGUGAUCGGAACAAGAGAUUCUUCCGAGUGUUGAAGAUUGACCGGAUGGAGCCAUCUGAUCUCAAUCUCAGUGAAGACCCUGUGGUUUAUUCUCCACAAGAAGUCAAGAGCUUGCUUCAGCGAAUUUCUGAAGGCAAUCGGGCCACUGGAGGAUUAACCUUUGUUGCGAAGGUUUAUGGCAUUGCUGGUUGUGUUAAAUUUCUGGAGUCAUAUUACUUAAUUCUUGUAACAAAGCGACGCCAAAUUGGAUGUAUUUGUGGCCAUGCAAUAUACAGUAUAGAUGAGAGCCAGUUAAUAAGCAUUCCACACGCUUCAAUUCAAACCGACAUUGCUCAUUCCAAACCUGAGAUGAGGUACAAGAAGCUUCUGUCAAGUGUAGAUUUGACGAAAGACUUUUUCUUUAGUUAUACAUAUCCUAUAAUGCAAAGUUUGCAAAAAAAUGUGCUAUCUAUGGGCGAGGAAGGGAUGCCAUAUGAGAAUAUUUUUGUCUGGAACGCCUUUCUGACAGAAUCAAUACGCUCAAGAUGCAAGAAUACUAUUUGGACAAUUGCUUUGGUUCAUGGACAUUUUAAACAGAUUAGGCUGUCAAUAUUUGGACGGGACUUCAGUGUUUCUUUGGUGUCAAGGCGUUCUCGGCAUUUUGCAGGGACACGUUAUUUGAAACGGGGGGUCAAUGAUCGUGGAAGGGUUGCAAAUGAUGUUGAAACUGAACAAAUUGUCCUUGAUGAAGAAGCUGGGUCGUGCAAAGGAAAAAUGAGUUCUGUUGUGCAAAUGAGGGGUUCAAUUCCCCUAUUCUGGUCACAAGAAGCUUCAAGACUCAGCCCUAAACCUGAUAUAAUCUGUAAGAACAUCAGCAAUCUACUCCUUGAUUAUCUUUUUGCCAAGUUAUUCCUUGCCUUGUCUUAUUGGACAAGUUUUGAUAUGCUUGUUUCUUCUUCAACUUCAGUACAAAGAUAUGAUCCUACAUAUGAGGCAACCAAACUGCAUUUUGAAGACCUCGCAAAGAGAUAUGGCAACCCAAUUAUUGUGCUUAAUUUGAUUAAGACUGUUGAGAAAAGGCCACGUGAAAUGAUGCUAAGGCGUGAAUUUGCUAAUGCGGUCGGGUACCUUAACCAAAUUCUCUCAGAAGAAAAUCAUCUUAAAUUUAUCCACUGGGACUUCCACAAGUUUGCAAAGAGCAAGUCUGCCAAUGUUUUAGCAGUUUUGGGCGGUGUGGCGAGUGAAGCACUUGAUUUGACUGGGUUUUACUAUAGUGGGAAGCCUAUUGUACUUAAAAAGAGAACCACACAACUUAGUCGAACAAGCACAGGGAGGGAUGCUUCUCUGAGAGAUCUGAGAGCUAAUUCAGGUGACCUUGGUAGGAUUGGAAGUGGUAAUGAUGCAUCAUAUACUUUGAAACAAGACAGAGACUCUGAUGUUGGUCAACAGGUUAGACAAGACAAUUAUGGUGGUGCAGCCCCAUGGUUCCAAAGUGGAGUUUUGCGCACGAAUUGCAUUGAUUGUUUGGAUCGAACAAAUGUUGCACAAUAUGCUUAUGGCCUAGCAGCUUUAGGCCGCCAACUUCAUGCAAUGGGUUUGACAGAUAAGCCUAAAGUGGAUGCUGAUAGUAGCAUUGCUGCAGCUCUCAUGGAUAUGUAUCAGAGCAUGGGUGAUGCUCUUGCCCAGCAAUAUGGUGGCUCCGCUGCUCACAAUACUGUGUUUCUGGAAAGGCAGGGAAAGUGGAAAGCUACAACGCAGUCUCGAGAAUUUAUCAAAUCUAUCAAACGAUACUACAGCAAUGCCUACACUGACGGUGAAAAGCAAGACGCAAUUAAUUUAUUUUUAGGCUACUUCCAACCACAAGAUGGUAAACCUGCACUUUGGGAUCUGGAUUCUGAUUAUUAUCUUCACGUGUCUGGGAUGGGAGAUGACCUUAUCCCGGGUUACAGUUACCUAGCUGAUGCUACGCCUAUGGGAGCAAGAACUACUCUUGCUCCUAUUCCAGCAUGCAGAGAGGACUUCUCGCGGAUGAAGCUGACGUCAUUUGAUAAAUUGUUAGAGAGAACAUGCAGUUCAAUAAGGAAUGUAAGGCUUUGCAGUGAACCAGAUCAAAAACCUGGGAAUUCUGGAGUGGCACCCGAUGCAGCUGAAAUACAGCUCAAAAGUCCAAACUGGCUUUUUGGCCAGAGGAAGUUUGAGGAAAGUAACUCUGCUCCUAAGGUGGCUUCCCAUGAAACCGCAAAGGGAAGGUCUCAAGAGGAUAAGAGACUAGAAGACCUGUAUGACCUGAGUUGGCUUUCUUCUUCUGGCAGUGAUAUCGGUGAAGAGGAUGUCUUUAAGAGAUAUCUAGCAAUGACUUCAGUAGAAGAAGCCAAUGGUUGGUAUGGUGGUACAUUGCUUGGAGAUCAAGAUGAGAACAGUGAGAUAUAUAAACAUUAUGCUGAACUGUGUCAGGGUCCUGCAAUCGAACCGUUCCAAGAUGAUGCUGAGAAAGAGAAGUACUAUGGUGAUCUCCUUCGUAUGGGAACCGUUGAUGGCAUGGAUGAUGCUGCUGUAGAAGCAGAGAUGGAAGCAGCCCUCAAGGAGUAUGACCUGAUUGGCGCCGAUCUUGGGAUUGUUCCAAAGGCUUGUCAAAUCUUUGGCUGAGGCUCCCAGCCAUUUGCUCCAUGGAUAGGGUGACUGACGCUGCUGACUUGCUGGAGUAUUAAGGUUUGUAUAGACGACCAUACAUGUAUAUAUGACAAUACAAUGCUAACUAGCAAUGGUUGUGUAAGACAAUGGUGAUGUUUGUGUUGUGAUAUUUCUGUAAUGAGGAUAACAAAGCGGCAUAUAUGUUCUGCAUCUCUAUGUACAUCUUUUGUCUCUUUAGAUGUUUUACUAGUGGAAAGGACACAUGAUGAGUAUAUGCACCCAGACACAUUGAGAAACCAA